AUGAUCUUGACAAUUUAUUGUCAAAUAUUUAAACAAACAUUUCAUCCACACAGAAACAGCACAAUGGCAGUGAAUGUAUACUCAACAAACGUAACUUCGGAGAACCUUUCGCGUCAUGAUAUGCUUGCAUGGGUAAAUAAUGCACUUCAGUCCAAUUUUUGCAAAAUUGAAGAACUAUGUACUGGAGCAGCAUAUUGCCAGUUCAUGGACAUGCUAUUUCCUGGUAGUGUACCAAUGAAACGCAUCAAGUUUAAGACAAACCUUGAACAUGAAUAUAUCCAAAAUUUUAAAAUAUUGCAAGCUGCAUUUAAAAAAAUGUCUGUUGAUAAGAUAGUACCCAUUGACAGACUGGUGAAGGGUCGUUUCCAAGAUAACUUUGAGUUUUUGCAAUGGUUCAAGAAGUUUUAUGACGCGAACUACAAUGGCGCGUCGUACGAUGCGAUGGCGCAGCGCGAAGGGCUGCCGAUGGGUCACGGCUCAGCGGGCGCGGUUCCAAGGCAGGCACCAGCCGUAAAGAAGCCAGCCGCGCCCAUCUCUAAAGUCGCCGCUAGACCCCAAACCAUUGGGAAGGCAAACAGCACAGUGAGAUCGCCACCAGCCAAUUUAAGAUUAAAUCAAAACGCUAAGGGUGACUCUAAAAUUAUCGAAGAACUAAAUUUACAAGUAAAUGACUUGAAAGCAUCAUUGGACGGAUUAGAGAAAGAGAGAGAUUUCUAUUUUGGUAAGCUUCGCGACAUUGAGUUGAUUUGUCAGGACAUGGAAGAACAGCAUAACGGUCCGCUCAUCCAAAAGGUCUUGGAUAUUUUAUAUGCGACUGAGGACGGAUUCGCGGCACCCGAUGACGUCGUGGGUGAGAACUCUCAUCCCCCAGAAGAAGACGAGUAUUGA